AUGUCAGAAAAAGAAUUUGUCAUAUUCAUAGAUCAUUUUAUUAAAUAUGUUAAACCUUUCGCCGAAGAGCCCGUUCUUUUACUGCUCGAUAAUCACAAUUCAUAUGUUAAUAUUGAAGUCGUUGAGAAGGCCAAGAAAAACAAUAUAAUCAUGUUGUCAUUUCCGCCGCACUGCUCUCACAAACUGCAGCCAUUAGAUGUGGGAGUCUAUGGUCCAUUUAAAAACUACGUAAACCGAGCACAAACAGCAUGGAUGACUAAUCAUCCAGGAAAAACUAUGACAAUAUAUGAUAUCCCAGGUGUGGUUAAGGAUUCAUUACCACAGGCCUUAAACCCUGCAAACAUUAUGAGUGGAUUUAAAGGAUCUGGUUUAUGGCCCUUCAAUGCUGAUAUUUUUCAGGACAGUGACUUUGCAGCGUCUUAUGUCACUGAUCGUCCAAUGUCUAUUGACCCAGAGAAAGAUACUGUGAAUUUCACACAAAAUGUUUCCAAUUUGACGCUGGACCUUGAAAACACAAAAUUAUUAGAAUCUGUUCCUGAACUGAAUAUAAGCGUGACGGACAUAACAACGGAUACAGCAGCAACUGUAUUACUGAUUCCAGAUUCCUCUAGCGUGCUAAAUAAAGAAUGUGAAGUAGCGUUACUGACUCCAGGUUCGUCUGACUUGUAG